AUCGUGGUGGUUGUUGUUGUUGUGGUGGUGGUUGUUGUGGUGGUUGUUGUUGUUUACCCAGGUAGAGCCUCGCUCCGUCUCUCGUAGGGAUAUCAAUUGAGUAGCAGCGAGUAUGGAAUCCAUGUCCAGGUUGGAACAUUACGACGCGGGGCCUAGCCAUGCGGGGCCUUGCCUCCUGCCCUCGCCUGAUUGCAUUUGCUUUAAUUCUCUGCUUAAGUUUAAUUUGUCUUCAUCUGGCUCACUACUUUGAAACUUUGUUUCUUUUAAUUAUUUCUACAGUUUAUUUGUUUUAUCCUACCAGGUCAAGCCCACUUCAGCUGCUAUACCGCACUUGUUUUCAGAAGCGACCAGCUCACAAAAAGUGGCUUAUCCAAGGUUUCACUGUAAUUUAUAUUCUUAGGUUUUUUCGGUAAAGUCACGUAGGUAAAACAUCAAAAUUAAUGAAAAUAAAACAAAAAUCACGACGUUUCGGAGGCAACACAAGUCUCCGUCAUCAGGUGGGAAUGUCACAGCCGAAUUAGCUACAUCAAGUGAGGCAAUGAUUCAAGAUGUAAUCUAUAUAUAUAAAAUCGUUCAUGUCUGUCUGUCUGUGUGUGUGUGGACUUUGGCCCAUACGCACUUUCAUUGGACGGCGGUUGCCCCUGGCAACGGCUAGCCACGCCUUCGCCGCUUUCAUUGGACCUGGCAACGGCUAGCCACGCCUUCGCCAAGGGCUGCAGUGUCAUUGGACGGCGGUUGCCCCUGCCAACGGCUAGCCACGCCUUCGCCACUUUCAUAAGCUCUGUAUUUAAUUAAAUAAUACCCAUUACACAGUAUUGUUGGAGCGCUAGGGGGGGGGGAAGGAACGCCACCCGUACCCUGCCUCUUCCAAGCCGACAAUUUUAGGCGAGGCCGCAGGCUUUGCACGCUACUAGGCCUCGACACCCACCACGCCACUCUGAGGUAAAUUUAUCAAAGUUUUUCCUACUCUUCACUACACCCCCACCACAAUGUGUGCUAUUAAUAUUACUUUUAAACCCAACGCGCCAACAAUCGAUUACUUUAAUGUUCACUGUACAAAUACUCAUUAAGCUGGGUGAGCGUACUGCCAGUCUAUCAUGUACACUGUAGCCUGCUUAUUAAGCUCGGUGAGCGUACUGCCACUCUAUCAUGUACACUCUAGCCUGCUUAUGAAGCUGAGUGCGUGUACUGGCAGUCUAUAAUGUGGACUCUUGCCUGGUUAUUAUAAUCGAUUCUUUAUAUGUUCUUUGUACAAACAGUCAUUAAGCUGCUUGAGCGACCCCAGUUCGAUUCCAACUCACGCCCACCACCGCUGACGAUUAUUUGAAACGGACCUGGCCCUCCCCUAGGUCCACUCAGCCUCAAACGCGUAACUGCUGUCGUGUGUGAACAUCGUCACUGGGGAGACAAAGGCGGCCGGGCAUCGUGGAUCCAAGUCCGGGUCAUGUGCAUGUGUGUUUGUGUUUAUGUGUAUGUCUGUGUGUCUCUAUGUGUGUAUGUAUGUAUGUGUUUGUGUGUAUGUUUGUGUGUAUGUAUGUGGGUUUUUUUGUAUGUCUUUAUGUGUAUGUCUGCGUGUCUCUAUGUAUGUGUGUAUGUACGUGUGUGCAUGUGUUUGUGUGUAUGUAUGUGUGUGUCUAUGUAUGUGUGUGUAUGUGUUUCUAUGUAUGUGUGUGUAUGUAUGUGUGUUAUGUGUCUGUCUGUGUGUCUGCAUGUAUGUGUGUGUGUAUUGUGUAUGUGUUUGUGUGCAUGUAUGUGUGUGUUUGUGUGUAUGUGUAUGUCUGUGUGUAUGUAUGUGUGUGUAUGUGUGUGUAUGUGUUUGUGUGUAUGUGUGUGUAUGUAUGUGUGUGUGUGUUUACGCUCGCAUUACACAAAUGUGUUGCUGGCCUAAGGCGUUCCUCGCACAGCAUUGCCGCUUUAUUAUUUCAGUCGCUUACUGCCUUACGCACCCUGAAAGUCGUGUGUGUCUGCAGCAAGCGCGUGUAUGUGUACCUAUGGACGCGCGCGCGUGUGUUGUGUAGGGGGAACGGUACUGUAGUGCUUAGCGUGCUGUCUGUGUCUGUGUGUGUGUCUGUGUGUGUGUCUGUGUGUGUGCGUGUGUGGUGUGUGGGGAGCGGUAGUGUAGUGCUUAGCGUGCUGUCUGUGUGUCUGUGUGUGUGUGUGUCUGUCUGUGUCUGUCUGUGUGUGUCUGCGUGUGUCUGUGUGUGUGUCUGUGCGUGUGUGGUGUGUGAGGAGCGGUGGGUGUAGUGCUUAACGCUACGCUGCGCUACCAACCCGGCGAACCGAGUUCGAUUCCCGCUCACGCCCACCACCGGUGACGAUUAUUUGAACCUCCCCUAGGUCGACUCAGCCUCAAACGAGUAACUGGUGUGGCGUAUAACAUCGGCACUUGGGAGACAAAGGCGGCCGGGCGUGGUGGAUCCAAGUCCCGGGCGAAGCCGGGUCAUGUGUAUGUGUUUAUGUGUAUGUCUGUGUGUCUGUAUGCAUGUGUGUAUGUAUGUGUGUGUAUGUGUUUGUGUGUAUGUCUGUGUGUGUAUGUAUGUGGGUUUUUUUGUAUGUGUUUAUGUCUGUGUGUCUGUAUGUGUGUAUGUACGUGUGUGUAUGUGUUUGUGUGUAUGUAUGUGUGUUGGUAUGUAUGUGUGUGUAUGUGUUUCUGUGUAUGUAUGUGUGUGUAUGUAUGUGUGUUAUGUGUGUCUCUGUGUGUCUGCAUGUAUGUCUGUGUGUAUUGUGUAUGUGUUUGUGUGUAUGUAUGUGUGUGUUUGUGUGUAUGUGUAUGUCUGUGUGUAUGUAUGUGUGUGUAUGUGUGUGUAUGUGUUUGUGUGUAUGUGUGUGUAUGUAUGUGUUUGUAUGUGUUUGUGUGUUUACGCUCGCAUUACACAAAUGUGUUGCAGGUCUAAGGCGUUCCUCGCGCAGCAUUGCCGCUUUAUUAUUGCAGUCGUUUACUGCCGUGCGCACCCUGAAAGUCGUGUGUGUCUGCAGCAAGCGCGUGUAUGUGUUCCUAUGGACGCGCGCGCGUGUGUUGUGUAGGGGGAACGGUAGUGUAGUGCUUAGCGUGCUGUCUGUGUGUGUGUGUCUGUGUGUGUGUCUGUGUGUGUGCGUGUGUGGUGUGUGGGGAGCGAUAGUGUAGUGCUUAGCGUGCUGUCUGUGUGUCUGUGUGUGUGUCUGUCUGUGUCUGUCUGCGUGUGUCUGCGUGUGUCUGUGUGUGUGUCUGUGUGUGUGUCUGUGCGUGUGUGGUGUGUGAGGAGCGGUGGGUGUAGUGCUUAACGCUACGCUGCGCUACCAACCCGGCGAACCGAGUUCGAUUCCCGCUCACGGCCACCACCGGUGACGAUUAUUUGAACCUCCCCUAGGUCGACUCAGCCUCAAACGAGUAACUGGUGUUGCGUAUUAACAUCGGCACUGGGGAGACAAAGGUGGCCGGGCGUGGUGGAUGCAAGUCCCGGGCGAAGCCGGGUCAUGGGUUUGGGAGAAAAACGGAAAACCCAGUGGAACACCAAUGCCGACAGUGACGGCUGACGCCAGGAUAGCGGCCACGGGCUCGAAGCGAGGGCAACCCGGCUCUUGUCCCAAGAAAGGAAUCCGCUCCCCGCUGCCCUCCACGGUGGCGCAUCGCCGGCGGGGCUGCACGUUGAGCCCCAACUUUUCCAGGCGCUGAUGCUCGCUCUGCAGAGUUGGUCUGAUGGAGCAAAGGCACUCAGCGCAGCUCGGUACAAGAAGGAAACAAUGCGACCAGAAUGCAAACAGCACGGAUCGUACUGGAAACUUGACACAGCACCAGAGAACACACACAGGAGAGAAACCCUUCAAGUGCACUGUGUGUGGGAAGGCGUUUGCACAGUCAUCAACUCUUCAGACCCACCAGAGAACACACACAGGAGAGAAACCUUUUAAGUGCAGUGUGUGUAAAAAGGUGUUUGCACGGUCAUCCAUUCUUAAAUCACACCAGAGAACACACACAAGAGAGAAAUCUUUUAAGUGCACUCUGUGUGGGAAGGCGUUUGCAUUGUCAUCAAAUCUUAAGAUCCACCAGAGAACACACACAGGAGAGAAACCUUUUAAGUGCACUGUGUGUGAGAAGGCGUUUGCACAGUCAUCAAAUCUUAAGACCCACCAGAGAACACACACAGGAGAUAAGCCCUUCAAGUGCAGUGUGUGUGGGAAGGCAUUUUUUUAUUCAUCUACUCUUAAACAACACCAGAGAUCACACACAGGAAAGAAACCUUUCAAGUGCACUGUGUGUGAGAAGGCAUUUUCAAGGUCGUCAUAUCUUCAGACCCACCAGAGAACACACACAGGAGAUAACCCCUUCAAGUGCAGUGUGUGUGGGAAGGCAUUUUUUUAUUCAUCUACUCUUAAACAACACCAGAGAACACACACAGGAGAGAAACCUUUUAAGUGCACUUUGUGUGGGAAGGUGUUUGCAAUGUCAUCAAAUCUUAAGACCCACCAGAAAACACACACAGGAGAGAAACCUUUUAAGUGCACUCUGUGUGGGAAGGCAUUUGCACAGUCAUCAACUCUUCAGACCCACCAGAGAAUACACACAGGAGAUAAACCCUUCAAGUGCAGUGUGUGUGGGAAGACAUUUUUAGAUUCAUCUACUCUUAAACAACACCAGAGAACACACACAGAAGAGAAACUCUUCAAGUGCAGUGUUUGUGGGAAAGCGUUUGCACAUUCAUCAAAUCUUAAAAAACACCAGAGAACACACAAGCAUCAGAAAAUCCACAAGAAGUGUAAUCUGAAAUCAGCUUGUGAAAGUCAAAGUGCUGCAAUGACCCCAUUGUGCAUGAAACAAGAACCAGAAGACAAUCCCAGCCUGGACACUUUGAAAGGUAUCAAGGUGAAAUAUGAAGAGGCGAAAGUGAAAUGUGAAGAAGUAACAGUGAAGAGCGUAGAAGUGAAGGUUAAAUUUGAAGAUUAUUCAACUCCAAAAUCGGACCUUCACAUAGAUGGAGGCAGUGUGAAACAGGAACUAAAUUCUGACUGUGAGGCAGAGCGAGGCAACUCCCAUGAGUUUGUGGAUGUGGAGGUGUGGGUGGACUUCUUAGACAAUACAAAGUCAAAUGGAGACCAGGUAGAUGUGCAAGCUUCAGACAAUUAAGCUCCAAUGGAUGCACCUUUGUCACAGGCCUUUCUAAUGAAUAUAAUGUGAAGUUGAACACUCAAUUUCUAGGUUCAAACUGCAGUGUAAGCGUGGCCAGUAUUUGUGAACCUGUGGGUUGGGGCAAUCUCUAACCAGGAGUGACUCAAGUGUUUUGUAUCAUAUCUCAUCUUAGACACUCGAUGGGUGCCCAUUAUGGGCAUCUGCCCCUGUGUGCCACGUGGAUAUGAGUUUGUAAGUCGGGGGAGAUGAUAAUAUGCCAGUCGGAUUUGAACCUUGAACCUCUGCAAUAAAUAGAGAAUGUACUACUACUUGGCUUCCCUCUGAGAGUGCUGCACAUAUAGGCCUCAUCUCGGCAGAGAUCAACUUGUAAAUACGUUGCAACGUGACGCAGUACAUUUCAGUAUAGUAAUAAAAUGUUGCCAAUGUGCCCUUUGAUUAUUUUGAAUCAUAAUUGAAAGAAUACCUGUCUGAUUUUGUACGUACAUACAACAUUUUGUGUAUUAAUGUCAAACAUGGAAUAUGUGCUGUCAGGACAAAGUAUCUGUUUUGGUGGUAACCUGUACAAAAACUCACGUGAGAGCUGUUAUUUUUGUGAUACGAGUCAAAGGGUAUUUUUGUGAAUCAGGACGCAUCUGACUGGGGCAACUCAUUGUCUUUGAAAUCGGGAGCAUAGUCGGAUCAUUCAUCAGUUAAGGUGUAAUAAAAGGACUCAAGACGCU